AUGGGGCGUGACGUUGACCGUCUAGACCCCAUGCCCGAUGGCAAGCUGUACGAACAGGACCAGGCGUAUCUGGAGCAGCACGGCGUCGGGCCGCUGUUCAGCGGCCUGCUCGCGGACAUAGCGCGGACCAUGCCGGCAGACCCCGUGCAGUUCAUGAUAGACAGCCUCACCCUCGGCCCAGAGCAGGCAGAGCAGAGCCCCGAGACUGGGCUGCCCAAGCACCGCCAGUCCAAGCUGGAGAAGGUGUUCCGCAUCAUAGACAAGGCGGGGACCGGCAGAAUGUCGCUGCGGGCGUUGCAGGCGUACGCAAACAGCCACGGCGGGGACACCCUCACGAAUGCCGACCUCAAGACCAUCUUCAAGGACUUCAAGCCCGGGCAGGACCACCUGGUUGGCCUGCCGCAAUUCCUGGCCUUUUUCAGUCGCGUGUCGCGCACGAUCAACAACAAAGACUUUGAGGAGAUGAUUGUCGAGAUGUCGGCCUGA